AUGGAUGACGACGCUGAAGAACAGUUGCUAAAUCUCUUGCUGAUGGGUGCGGGUGCUCUAUUGAUGAUGAUGGAUGAUGAAGAAGCUGAUGAGCAAGAACCUGUUGUGUGGGAGGGUGUACCUGUGGACAUCAAUCAUUUUCUGCAAAUGAGGAAUGAAGCUUUCCGUUUGCAUUUUAGAAUGAACACAGAGACAUUUGAAGAUUUAGUGCACGUCAUAGGUAAUUACAUAGGAGAGGAAGAAAAUGUAAGGAGAAAUGAGAAUUUAGAUUUGAGGCGACUCCUUUUACCAGUGUUGUGGAUCCUGGCCACCCCGGAUACGUUCAGGAGUGUGGCGAUGCAGUUCGAGCUGACCCCUGCGCUACUUCACUUUCACUAUGCAGUCAUCAUCUUUGUGCUCUCAGAAUUAUCCGAGAGAUAUGUCAGAUGGCCUCUUCCUGGGGAGAGAAACGCCAUCAGUGAUGUGUGCGAGGCGCGUAGUGGAUUCCCUGGAGUGGUUGGGGCAGUGGAUGCUUCAUACAUACCACUGUGUACUGCUCCAGUUAUUGAAGCCCAAAGAUAUGUGAAUAGGCACCAUGACUAUGCCGUCUCUCUGCAGGGUGUUGUUGACCCUGCUCUAGUCUUCAGGGAUAUUUAUGUAGGAGAGCCUGGAAGCCUGCAUGACUCCAGGGUCUUCAGAAGGAGUCCCUUGAGUAGAAGACUCCUUGAAGAUGACACUCUUCUGGAUCAGGAUCAGCACAUACUUGGGGACUCAGCUUAUAUUCUUACGGACAAGGUUCUCACUCCAUACCGAAACAAUGGUAAUCUCACAGUACGCCAAACAAAUUAUAAUGCCAUGCUGUCAAGCUCCAGAAGUAUGGUGGAACGGGCGUUUGGUCUUCUGAAGAUGAAAUGGCGAAGGCUCUUUUUUCUUUCAGCCAGAAAGCCUGUACUUGUCGUUAGGACAAUUGUUGCCUCCGUGGUACUUCACAACUUUUUGAUUCUCCGAGGUGAAGCCCCAGAUGUGGGAGAACCAGAAGAACCACAUGGGAAUGUGCCUAUUGACCAUCCCAAUGUUCAGAUUGAGCCUGAUCAUCCUUUACUAGCAGGUGCCACGGCUAGAGGGGUGGAAAAGCGUUACCACAUCACAAAUAAUUUACCACUUUAA